AUGAAACAACUUGACGAUAUCUGGUCGAAAGUGAGAAGAGAGAGUGAAAAGAGAGAGGAAGAGAUGAUGAAGUUUGAAGAGGAGAUGCGCGAUGUUGAAUGUCUGAGAGUUAAUAAAGCAAGAUUGAUAUUACAGGAGUGUAGGACGCAAUUGGAGGAGGUAGGGUACCUAACGACACCAGACAUCGAUCGAAUUAUAACGUUCGAGAGUCAACUGAUGAUGCUUAUGAUAGUACUGGCUAGGAAUAAGACAAUAGUUAUUGAAAAUACAAGGGGUACGAUGAGGAGUGAGCCUUAUAGGAACCCUAUGGAACCUCAGAUGCUUCUGCAGUUGGUCAUUAAACAUCAAGCUAAUCUCAACGGACAAAGAAUUCAGACCAUUAACAAACUAAAGGAGGUAAAAUGGUGGACAGAUUACGGUUAUGACGAAAUGAAAAACAUUGAAAAUGAAGUCAUAUGCUUCACCAAAAAUAUAGAUGAUAUUUACGAAGAGAACUUGGCUAGGAUGUGCACGUUGUUUUCAUCCAUCCAUCAUUUCUGCCUGCAACAAUUUUACAUUAAAAAGAAGAAAACUGAAAACAAGAACAAAAGAUCGAUGAAAUUGUUACAUCUGUUGUUAAAGUACUGCACCGACAGUUCAAAAUGCUGGCGCGAAGGAUUACUACGCGCUGCAAGCGUCGAAAGAUCAUUCUUCGAUAGGUUGGAAUCUCUCAAAGAUAAACAAACUUCUGUUUUGAACUCGAAAGAGAGCCAGCUAAAAAUAGCCGUAGAUAGACUGAGGCAAUGCAGUGAUGAGAAAACAAUGAGAGAGAUCAUGAUGAUAAAGGAGAUCAUCCCAAAGCUGGAAGAUAUGAAGUUAUGUUACAAGUCGAAUGCAGACGAGCAGCGCAGCUACAUCGAGGGGUACUAUGACAUAAUGAAAAGAGAAAAUGACGUCAUCAUUAAAAAUAUUCUCCAGUUCUUAAAUGUUGAAAAGGUUCAUCAAGAACUUCCGCACUUUGAUCAAGACCAUCAUAAAACUACUACUACUACUACUACUGCUACUACUAGUACUACUGCUGCUGCUGCACUUACUACUACUACUACCGCAACAGCAACAACAACAAAAUUACCAUCGCCAUACGCUUAUAUUAAUAAUGUGAAUCGCUUUGCUCUCAAAUUGAAAAAAGUUGGAAAAGCUAAAAAUGUUUCUGGCGAUCUUGAUAAUGAUGACGAUAAGGAGAAGGGUGACAAAAAUGAUGAUGAUGAUGGCGAACGGAUGAAAAAUCUCAACGCCUACAAGGCUGUAGAUAAAAAUAGCAACGGCUUGAACGGUGGAAAAACUGAUAUUGAAACAAGACUGAAAAACGAAACUGAAAGAACAAAAAAUAGUAAUCAUAAUAACAUAAACAACAAUAACAACAACAACGUCAAUCAAACAACAACAGAAACAAAGUACAUCAACAAAAGUGCAAACAGCUCAGACGACAAAAGAUCGAACCUCAACAAAAACCCACUCACCAACAGCCCCUUUCCAAUUGUCACCGACCGUAAACGAACCUUGGAAGGCAUUCUGGGCACCAAACACAAACUCGCCAUGAUCGAUACAGUCGAUAAUGUCGGUAAGUUAUUAGUAUCCGGAUCGUCGAACUCGUCCGAGUCGGUACCAUCGGUUAUAUCGAGCCGGAAAAUAUCGAAAUCUAGCCCGACACUUCGUUUGAGUACUGGGGGUAAUUUCGGUGGUGGCGUUGAUUCUGAUGAAAAUGAUGAAGAGGUGAUGGUGAAAGAUGCAAAGAAAAAAAAGUAUGGGUAUUUCAGUAUGGUGAGAUGCUAUUUGAAAGAUUACAGAAAGAUGGUGGAGGUGAGGAUGGCUGACGUUCUGUCGGUUCAACACGCGUCGGUAUUUCAUUCGCUUCUUCACGAGUUGAAGCUGCAUAGAGACAGACUGCAGAGCCACCAGACUGCGGUCGACCAGCGAAUCAUCGACAUGAAAAACAGUUUGCAACGAAUUGUUAACGCUCAUGAUCGCUUAUUUGAGGAGUUUCAACAAACUUUGCAACGGUUGCAGAGACAAGCUGAUGCUGCUAAACACUCCUCCAUCCUUCAAAAGUACAUUGACAAAUGCAAGAAUCAUCAGCGAUCGAACCUGGAGACGAUGAAAGAGGAGAUUCGCUGCUACGUUGCCGCCUUAGACGACGAGGUCGUCAAACUCAAUCGAUCCAAUGAUACGUUCCGCAGAUCUUUCAAAUUAUUUAUAGAUGGCGGUAACUACUGCACGGGCGAGGUGCAAGCGUGCAGCAAAGACCUCGGCCUAAUUAGUGGAAGGGUGGACGGUUUGGUGAACGUCGUAAUGAAGGAGGUCGAAGUUAUGGAAGCCUACAGGUGCCAGCAGUCAUUCAAGUGUCUCGUCGAGUUCGAGGCCAGGUACAAACCUAAACUGGCCGACUUACAAUUUGUAGAAAAUUGUGAAAGAAUGUUUCAGCAACUGAGAUCGAAGAUUAACAAAGAGAUUUCAACGAACAAAGAACAAUGUUUAGAGCUUCAUAAAUCUUUGAUGGAAUUUAAGGGAUUGAUCGAUAGCUGUGUUGAUGGUUCCGUAAUUAAUGAUAAUGAAAGAAUCCUAACAAUGUUGCAAAAAAUGAUUCACGUCAACACACGUUUGGAGAGACGCGCGAGAUACUUGGCAUCCCAAACCAGCCAUCCUGCGCUUCAAACUAACAGGGACGAUACAAAUUUGGAUAUCAUCCAUCAAAGACCAUCUGACACCCACCAAUCAGCUUUGAGGAUAAGUAAACCCGGAAAUCUGGCAACCAAUGAGGAUGCGCUUGUAAACGUUAUCAGGAAUUUAUAUGGAGUAAAUAUUGAAGAGGAAUACGAUAGAAAAUUAUCCUCUAAAACUAAAACGCCAGAUUCAUCAAAAUCAAUCAAGUCCACCGAAAGAACUGACACAAAAUCAAAAAAGAAAUAUCAAACCAGAGAUAAAAUAACGUCGACGGCUACUGCAGCAGCUGUUGCAGUUACCACCGCAGCGACUGUAACAACUACUAAUGCAGCCUCAACAGCUACUACAACAGCUUCUAUUAAUGGUAAUGGUAACACAUUGAGCGGAAUUGUCCUAGAGCAUGUUGGAUUCUUUAGGAAUAAAAUAAUGGCUUUAGCUGAGGCUUAUUACAAGAGCAAGGGUAGACGACAGGUCAGUGACCUUUGCACCAUUAAGAAUACUUUCGAUGACUUCAAGGUUCACACGGAGGUCAACCAAAUUGAAAAGGUCAUGAAUGAUGUCACAGAAUGUAGGGAAACAUCGAUAAAAGAAUUCGAAUCUCAGUGUACGCAAAUGAUGUCAACGUGCGUCAAUAUGGCCGAAUGUUUCCUAAAUGACCUCUACAAGGUCACAAUGUCAACGUUCAAUGAGAAAUAUUUGAGUCAGGUCAAGGAAGUUCAAGAGUUCAAGGCCGAAUCUGUAAAAGAAAGGUGCCAGCACGAAUUGGAUCUCCGCCCGACACUGGGACAUCCUCAAAAUGGAGAAAAGCUUUUCCGGUUGGUACAGAAAGAGAGGUUCCGGAACAACAAUGCUAAUAAGUUCUACCGGAAGAUGAUUAACAAUAUCAGGGAUAGCACAAGAGAAUUUAGUGAUCAGUUCAUCGUACAACUGACGGCAUUUGUUCAAAACCUUUUCAACGAAUUCGAUAAAUUAUUCGAAGUUAAUGAUACCAGCAACGAAGAAGCAAUGCACGAUUGGACCGGAUUCAGUCGCAUUCUUCUCGGCGCCAGCAUCAUGCAAUCAGUAAAGGCUCACCUUGACAGUCCCACAAAUCGGAAAUCAUCAUCAUCACCAUCACCCACUGAUGAUGGUGAUGAUGAUAAUGAUGUUGUCGCUGCUGAUAAUGAUGCUGUUUUUGUCGGUGAUGAUGACGUCGUUGAUGGUGACGCUAAUAACAGCAACAUUAGAGCGGUUAUCAACAAGUCAGUUAAUGGAUACAACUUCGGGAAGAAAGCAUCGGCCGCUUCCAUGAACAACAUCUACUUCGGUGUCGACGACGACGAGGAGGAGGAGGAGGACGCCACACACGGCGACAAGGAGUCCCACAGUAUGAAGCAGAGAAUAACUAUCGCGGGAGUGGAAAAUCCUCCGGCGAAAAGACAAACGGAAGUGGAUUGGUGGAAGGCUGUCCAGUUGAAGUCGCGGAAACGAACACCUGCUCAUCAGCGCUGCUACCAAAGUUCUCUUAACGUCAUCGAAAAAAUCAGUAGAGACGUGAACGAGAAACUAGUAGAGCUGCAGAGUAUGGAGACCUGCCUCUACUGCGAUCAAAAAAUUUUCACCAAAAAAUGGCUGGCUUCUGUCUCAAGCAUAAAGAAACUAUAUGAUAAAUAA